AUGGCCGACUCGACAAACACCAACAACAACGCCAUGCGCACCGAGAGAUCGGGGUCGACGUCAUCUACUGGUUCUUCUCCGCGGCGUGCAUCUAAUGGAUGGUUCGAGAGCCUCAACGCCCAGAAGCGCAAGGACGACCCCAUCUCGGUCGCGAGAAGGCGGAGCAUGAGCGAGCAGCGCCCCAAGGUCGGCUUUUUCGGUCAGAUGUGGAACAAUUACGUCCACGGGUCCGACCCAAAGUCCAACAAGUAG